UCAAAUCAAAAGAUCGACAACAUUCGAAGAGUGCAGAUCAGCAGCCCAAACAUCUGAAACAUCAGAAAACCCAAAACCAAACUCGAAAAGUCCGUUGAUUUUCACGUAACGCCUUAAAGAUUUUCGGUGCGGUUCCCUAAAAACUAAACAAAUCGGCAGUUUAUUAAUAAACAAUAACUCUACUUAAUGGGUUUUAAGUGUCAGUGACUCUUGAACACACGAAAUAAAACCCCAAACACACACAAACGUGACUGUAUAAUCAGCCAAGAAACCCAACAACUGGUGGUGAUAAUAAAAGAACUUACAACAACAGCGACGAGAACCAGUAUAAAGUUCAAUAUCGCGUUGAUUCAAAUUAAACAAAGGAGAAUCGACAGCAGCAGCAGCAGCAGCAACAAAAAGCCAACUCGGUUUUGUCAUUUAAGUAUUUUUGGUCAAUACACGGCAUUCGAAAUGGCAGCCUACUUGGACCCCACUGGCCAGUACUAAAGAAGAUUUCGGAGACGAAGAAAGAAAGCCCUUAAAAAUCUCACAAAACCCUAAAUAAAUCAAAGAUCUUAACCAUGGCCGCCUAUCUGGAUCCCACUGGUCAAUACUGAAGAAGGAGCAGCCAAAAAGAACAACCAUAUAUUUUGAAUAUUCAUCUGAAAGUCAUCAAAAACAGUCUCAAAAUGUCUCUCGAUUUGGACCCCACUGGCACCUACUAAGGCUCCAACUCAAACAGAUCCUCAUUUAGCCAAGCAAGCAGGCUAAAUACUGCAAAUACCAUCCUCAUUUCAAAAGUAAACUACAAAAGAAGCCAACAAAAUGCUGGAUCCCACAGGAACCUAUCGGCGACCCCGCGACUCGCAGGACUCGCGCCAAAAGAGGCGGCAGGACUGCCUGGAUCCAACCGGGCAGUACUAGUACGUCCCCCCCCAACGACAGAGCCCCAAAAAGCCGUGCCUUAUCCACAAAUUCUGGGCAUGAUUGGGGGAGCGCGCUGGUUGCGCGUUCGUGGCCGCGAGGAGACUUCCAGCUGCCGGAGGAGGAGAAAGCUGGGGGAUCCCCAGAGGCCUGCGACGCGAACUUUUGUAUUUAUGUAGUUUUUGCCUAGCCUACCAUACCUACUAUAUUAAUUAUUUAUUAUUAUCAUACUAUUUAAACGAAAUAUUGUUCAUUGCUGUUCACAAAACACGGAAACGCGCACACAUAUCCUAUAUCCUAUAUCGUAUCACACACAAAACAAACACACACACAAACCAUAUAUGUUAUAUAUACACUUGUAAUUGCUUCUUCAAGCUGGAAAAGAUUACGCAAAGAGUAUUACGUUUAGUGUCAUAUUUCUCGAGCAAAUCAUCAUUUGUUUAAAUUAUAAUUUUAUUUAUUGCCAACGAUUUGUAAUGUUUUUUCUCUCUCGUUGAGAGUCACGAGAAUCAUUCGGAGCGAGAAAUUUUUGUUUAGAUCUUAAGCGUAUUAAGCUAUUUAUAUGUCUACACCUUCGACCAACAUCCAGGCAACCCAAACACACACCUCUCACACCCAUAAAAUAUAAUAUUAAAAGAAAACCAUAUUUAAAACUGAA